CUGCGGCGAUACCGACGAGCAGCACGCGACACCGCCCACCCCGGGACUCUGGUCUUCAGCUUUGUCGGCCAGGAAACUUCCUGAAUAAGACAACAACCACAACAAGAGGAGUCCUGAUAGCAAACAAUCGUAGCACCUCUUUUUAUAUGACUGAUGUUUUUUGUUGUUGUUGCCAUUAGACACUUAGCCAGCUAGCGACCGAGAGCUAACAGUUAGUUAGCUUAGGGCGGAGUUGAUCACCUGCUGUAAACUGCUAAUCUUAUGUUAGCCCCGACACUACCUGAUAUUCUUCAUCAUAUCAUCCACCUCCUGGCUUGUCUCCACGCGGGAAAAGCCUCCCUUCCUCCCCCCCCCCCCCGGUCUUCGCCUGCUCUCAUUCUGCCAGCGUGAUUGAAUGAGGUGAAACUGGCAUCGGUGGACAAGCACGCAAACAAAGAGCCAUUGAUUGGUCCAGGAUGACCAUGGACAACAUGAAGAAUGAAGCCGACGCUGCCUCAAUAGUCUCUAUGGCUCUCUACACUGUGAUGUAUCCCGUCUUUAACCAGUUGGAGAAAGUAAACUUAUCAGCGGCACAGACCUUGAGAGCAGCCAUUAUAAAGGCAGAGAAGGAGAACCCCGGUCUGACCCAGGACAUCGUUAUGAAAAUACUGGAGAAGAAGAACGUAAAAAUUGACUACAACGAGUCUCUGCUUCGCAUGGCUGCAGACGACGUGGAAGAGUUCACGAUUGACAGGCGAGAGCCAGAGUUCCAGGAGCUGAACGAGAGAGCCCGAGCUCUGAAACACAUCCUGAGCACCAUACCAGAGGAGAUCAAUGACCGAGUAGGCUUCCUGCAGAGUAUCAAAGACAUCGCCAGUGCCAUCAAGGAGCUGCUAGACACGGUUAACACGGUCUUCAGGAAGUACCAGUAUCAGAACAGACGGGCGCUGGAACAGCAGAAGAAAGAGUUUGUGAAAUACUCCAAGAGCUUCAGCGUCACUCUCAAAACCUACUUCAGAGACGGAAACGUGAUAAACGUCUUUGUCAGCGCCAACCGGCUCACCCACCAAACCAACAUGAUUCUGCAGGCCUUCAAGACCCUGGUGUAGCCCCCCCCGAGAGGACACACACGCACACACACACAGGCGUAUUUUAUUAGAGAAUAGGUGAUAUGAGGCUUUGUAAUUUGCAAAGACAUUUUCUUAUUUUGGGCUGUAUAAUUUAUAAUUCUGUGGCUUUGAGGGGAGAUCAGGUAGUUUGAGGUUCAAAGCAGAUCAGUUUGACGGUAAUUGCCAGGGAUUUUUUUAAUUCUCUUUUAUGUUGUUCUCUUAUCAGAUUCUCAAGUAGAUAUUUCUUGGUUCCGUUAUACAUUCCCCCCUCACUUCAGUGCUGGGUAGUUCUGGAAAAAGUUUUGAAAAAUGAGAUUAUCUGCCAUGUCCUUUUUAAAAGCAAUUGAUAAAGUUUUAAAAAGAAAAAUAAGUGGUAUUCCAUCUUCUAACAUUUUUGCAAUUUUUUGCACCGGUUUUAUUAUAAUUGUUCUUGUUCAAACAUAAUCUUGAUCCAUGCGGUGGUAUUAUAUACUUGGCAAACUAUGUCCUGCCUCUAUCAGCUGAAUUCAAAUUUGAGUUAAAUCUCUCAGGAAAAAGAUCUGCAGUAACUGUGUUCAAUAUUUGCCUUCUUCUUCCUGCACUGUUUGAUCACGCACUGCACCUCCUUUUCACUUUAGUUUCAGAAAUGUCUCUCAAGUCGUCACAUUUACUGUCCACUAACAAUCUGUGGUCUCCCACGCAUAGAUGCGAUGACCUUGGGUGACGUUUUGCACGUUGUCUUUUCUUUAAACGAUCUUGUGGGACGAGGCGUGAGCCGUUCAAUCCUUCUCUGAAUGUUUAACUUAAAGGAUUCUAACCGAACCGAAGUGCUUGGAGGUAUUUUCACCAGGAAAACGUUAAAUAAAUUCAUGUUUUUGUGCAUUGUUGCUGGCUAAAUAGUUUUUUUUCUUCCCCUUUUGUAAAUGGGGCUCAGGUCCAUGUUCAGAAGUAGUUUAAAGUCAUUUCUCACUGGGUUUGGAAAAGGAAGCAUCAACAGAAGAAGUGACUGAACUUGAAUAAUAAUUUGCGAGGUAACACUUGAACUGGAAAUUUGUUGCAACUCAAAGAAACUACACAAUCCUAAAUUGAUGGUUAAUGAUGUAUUUAUUUAUCCUGGAUUUUUCAGCAGCAAAUCAUGAAUAAUUGAUUCUUCACUUUGUUUAAACAAAUGUAUCUGGACAAUGAAUGUAUCGUUUCUCUCUCUUUCUGUCUUUUUCUGCAAUGGCCACAAAUAAACUACUUGAACCAAAUGGAAAUAAAA